GGGUUGCCUCGCUUUGCUUUGCAGCUCACAAAACGCCACCAGGCUUUUCUCUUUCUCUUUCUCGUGACCCUAUCAUUUAAUUUCAUUUCAUUCUCUUCCUAUCGAAUCUCUCUGCAACACUCACAUCACAGCAGCAAUGGGCGCUUCUCUGCCCCCCAAGGAGGCCAACCUCUUCAAGCUUAUUGUCAAAUCAUAUGAAACCAAACAAUAUAAAAAGGGUCUCAAAGCAGCUGAUGCAAUUUUGAAAAAAUUUCCAGACCAUGGAGAAACUUUAUCGAUGAAGGGUUUGACAUUAAAUUGCAUGGACCGUAAGUCUGAAGCAUACGAACUUGUUCGGCAAGGAUUAAAGAAUGACCUUAAAAGUCAUGUUUGCUGGCAUGUUUAUGGUCUCCUUUAUCGGUCAGACAGAGAAUACAGGGAGGCGAUCAAGUGCUAUCGAAAUGCACUGAGAAUUGAUCCCGACAAUAUUGAAAUUCUUCGUGACCUAUCACUCCUACAGGCACAAAUGCGAGAUUUGUCAGGCUUUGUCGAGACAAGACAACAACUUUUGACUUUGAAGCCAAAUCAUCGCAUGAACUGGAUUGGAUUUUCUGUAGCCCAUCAUUUGAACUCUAAUGCAUCCAAAGCAGUUGAAAUUUUGGAAGCAUAUGAAGGGACUUUGGAAGAGGAUCAUCCUCCAGAAAAUGAACGGUGUGAGCAUGGGGAAAUGCUUUUAUACAAGAUCUCAUUGUUAGAGGAAUGCGGGUUUCUUGAGAGAGCUCUGGAGGAGUUGCACAAAAAAGAAUCUAAAAUUGUUGAUAAACUUGUAUACAAAGAACAAGAGGUUUCACUUUUAGUAAAGCUUGGUCACCUAGAAGAAGGCGAAGCUUUGUACCAGGCAUUACUUUCCAUGAAUCCUGAUAAUUAUAGAUAUUAUGAAGGUCUCCAAAAGUGUGUUGGAUUAUAUUUAGAAGAUGGCCAGUACUCUCCUGAUCAAAUAGAUCGGUUAGAUUCAUUGUACAAAACACUUGUACAACAAUAUAAGUGGUCUUCUGCUGUUAAGAGAAUACCACUAGAUUUUCUACAAGGUGACAAAUUUCGAGAAGCAGCAGACAAUUAUAUUAGGCCUCUCCUAACCAAGGGAGUUCCAUCUCUGUUCUCUGAUCUAUCAUCUUUGUACAAUCAUCCUGGGAAGGCAGACAUUUUGGAACAACUUAUUCUUGAGUUAGAGCGUUCAAUUAGGAUGUCUGGCCAAUAUCCUGGAAGGAUGGACAAAGAACCUCCUUCAACUCUCAUGUGGACUUUGUUUUUAUUGGCUCAGCAUUAUGACAGGCGAGGCCAAUAUGAAGUUGCUCUUUCUAAAAUUGAUGAAGCUAUAGAACAUACACCUACAGUCAUUGAUCUAUAUUCUGUUAAGAGUCGGAUACUGAAGCAUGCUGGUGAUUUGGUUGCUGCUGCUGCAUUUGCAGAUGAAGCUAGGUGUAUGGAUCUUGCCGAUCGCUAUGUUAAUAGUGAAUGUGUAAAGCGCAUGUUGCAGGCUGAUCAGGUGGCUUUGGCUGAAAAAACUGCUGUAUUGUUCACAAAAGAUGGGGAUCAACACAAUAACCUUCAUGACAUGCAGUGCAUGUGGUAUGAGCUUGCCUCAGGUGAAAGCUAUUUCCGUCAAGGUGAUCUUGGACGGGCACUCAAGAAAUUUUUAGCAGUGGAGAAGCAUUAUGCUGAUAUUACUGAGGACCAAUUUGAUUUUCAUUCAUACUGCUUACGGAAAAUGACUUUGUGUACUUAUGUGGAAAUGCUUAAAUUUCAAGACCAAUUGCACUCACAUGCAUAUUUUCAUAAAGCAGCAGCUGGUGCUAUCAGAGGCUAUAUUAAGUUGCAUGAUUCUCCCCCAAAGUCUACAGCAGAGGAAGAUGAUAAUAUGUCAAAGUUGCUUCCUUCUCAGAAGAAGAAAAUGAGACAAAAGCAGAGAAAGGCAGAAGCAAGAGCCAAAAAGGAGGCAGAAGAGAAGAAUGAAGAGUCAAGUGCCAGUGGGGUAUCAAAGUCUGGGAAGCGGCACAUAAAACCUGUUGACCCUGAUCCAAACGGAGAGAAGUUGUUGCAGGUUGAAGAUCCACUGUCAGAAGCUACUAAAUACUUGAAGUUGCUGCAGAAGAAUUCCCCUGAUUCAUUGGAGACGCACUUGCUCUCUUUUGAAUUAUAUACAAGGAAACAAAAGAUUUUGCUUGCCUUGCAGGCUGUAAAGCAGUUACUGAGAUUGGAUGCUGAACACCCUGAUUCUCAUCGUUGUUUGAUUAAAUUCUUCCAUAAAGUGGGAUCCAUGAAUGCUUCUGUGACUGACAGUGAGAAACUGAUUUGGAGUGUCUUAGAGGCUGAGCGCCCAACUAUUAGUCAGCUGCAUGAGAAAUCCCUGUUUGAGGCAAACAACUCAUUCCUUGAAAAACAUAAAGAUUCUUUGAUGCAUAGAGCAGCUUUUGCAGAAAUAUUGCAUAUUUUGGAUUCAAACAGAAAGUCUGAGGCUGUUAAGUUCAUUGAAGAGUCAACAAAUAACAUUGUGCCCAGAAAUGGAGCACUUGGACCAAUCAGGGAAUGGAAUCUUAAAGACUGUAUUGCAGUUCACAAGCUUCUUGGAACAGUUCUUGCUGAUCAGGAUGCUGCAUUGAGAUGGAAGGUGCGUUGUGCAGAGUACUUCCCAUAUUCUACAUACUUUGAGGGAUGCCACAGCUCUGCCUCUCCCAACUCGGCCUUCAAUCAGUUACGUAAGAACUCUGAAAAUGAGAGUCCUAACCAUUCAGUGGGUGGUCAAAAUGUGGGCUCCAUCACAUCAAACGGGAAACUAGAGGCAUUUAAAGAUCUCACUAUCUAAUCAAGUCGAAAUACACAUCCAUGAGGCUAAAUAUAUAUGCGUGUUACCCAGCUUGGAUGCUUGCAAAACCAAACGGCGUUUGACACUUCCAGAAACGACUGUGUUGCAAUUUGCAGCAACAACGGUCACAGUUUUGGUGCGGGUUAUGGCAAAUUCUACACGUUAUUCCGAUGUAUUUUCUUUGCAUGAUUUCCCCCCCCCCCCCCCCCCCCCCCCCAGCUGUGAAAUUUAUUUGGUUUGCAAAUGUGUAUAAUUUUACCUCAAUUAUGUCUUAGGAUUGACUUUUUCAAUUUGUUCACCCCUUUUUUUCUGGGAGGUGGUAGACCGGAGCUGCAUGGUCUUUGUACCGUUGUCUUAGAUUUUCAUUUUGGUCGUUGGGAGAGUUACAUAAUUUUUGUUUUCUGGUCCUGUAUCCAGUCAACAUACAUCUAGGAGAGCAUGUUGUAUCUUUCCUAUUUUAUUGGCUUAUUCAUCAUGUAUAAACAUUAUGUGAAAAUUUUGCUACUGGAUGCCAAAAUGACAUGUAAUUUUGGAUGAAUUCAGUAAAAAAAAUGGAGGUUAAUAUUGCUGUUGAA